AUGUUUAAUGAUUUCUGUUCAGCAGAAAAUCUAUUAUUUUUAAUCUUAAUUGUAUCUUUUCCUUAUUAUUUCAUUCUUGCCAUCCAUACCGUUAUAUCUUUUCUUUCGUUCAUUUCUAUCUUCCUUUUCUUUCCUUCCGUUGUUUCUUUUCUUUUAAAAUGUUUCCGCUUUCUUUCAUUUUUCUUUCUAUGCUUCUGUUCUCACUUUUGCUUUUUUCUUCUUUCUUUCUUUUUCCUUUCUUUCUUUCUUUCUUUCUUUCUUUCUUUCUUUCUUUCUUUCAUCCUUUCUUCUUCUUUCUUUCUGUCUUUCUUUCUUUUUUCUUUCAUCCUUUCUUCUUUCUUUCUUCCAUUUUUCUUUCUUUCAUCCUUUCUUCUUUCUUUCUUCCAUUUUUCUUUCUUUCAUCCUUUCUUCUUUCUUUCUUUCUUUCUUUCUUUCUUUCAUCAUUUCUUCUUUCUUUCUUUCUUCCUUUUUUCUUUUUUCUUUCUUUCUUCCUUUUUCUUUCUUUUUUCUUUCUUUCUUUUUUCCUUUUUCUUUCUUUCAUUCUUUCUUUCUUUCUUUCUUUCUUCUUUUUUCUUUCUUCUAUCCUUUCUUCUUCUUUCUUUCUUUCUUUCUUCUUUUUUCUUUCUUCUAUCCUUUCUUCUUCUUUCUUUCUUUCUUUCUUUCUUUCUUUCUUUCUUUCUGCUUCUCCCUUUCUUCUCUCUUUUUUUCUUUGUUUAUUUCGAUCUCUGUCUAUUAUUUUAUUCUAUCUAUGUGUUUAGUGCCUAUCUAUCUAUCUAUCUAUCUAUCUAUCUAUCUAUCUAUCUAUCUAUCUAUCUAUCUAUAUUUAGUGCUAUCUAUCUAUAUAUCUAUCUCUAUUUAGUACUAUCUAUAUAUCUAUCUAUAUUUAGUGUUAUCUAUCUAUCUAUCUAUCUAUCUAUAUUUAUGCUAUCUAUCUAUGUUAAUAACAUGUUUCUUUCUUUCUUCCUUUAUUUCUUUCUAUCUAUCUAUGUUUCGUACUAUCUAUGUUUAGUGAUAUCUAUCUAUCUAUCUAUCUAUCUAUCUAUCUAUGUUAAUAACAUGUUUCUUUCUUUCUUUCUUUCUUCCUUUAUUUCUUUCUAUCUAUUGAUAUCUAUCUAUCUAUCUAUCUAUCUAUCUAUCUAUCUAUCUAUCUAUCUACGUUCCUCUCAGUCAUUUGCUAUAUGUGUCUGUCAAUAUAGUUCCAAUAUCUAUCUGGCGUCGUUUUCAGCGCCACUCGUGAUUCCCGUGAAAUUGAAAUCCAGAUUAGUUUCGGCAUACGCAGGGUAUACGUCUGCUUAUCGCCUAUUCUCUCAUUAUCAUUCAUUGGUGACUUAA